ACUACGUCACAAUCCUGGAGACUGCACUGUAUAAAACCGAAGUCAAGUCUUGCAGAAAGCGCAUCACAGGAGGAGCGUGCAGGGGCUUGACAACUUUGACCAGAGCUCAAAUCUACAGCCAUGAAUACCACUCAGUACCAGAAGAAAAACAAGAAAGCACUUCAGAAACAUGCAUCAAAGAAGAACAUCAAUCAUUUCACUGAUGUGCACGGUCUGCCUUGCAUCGAGAAGAUUGUGCGCACAGUGGUGGAUACGCCAUUUCCCAUCCAAACAAACAUCACGGGUAAAUUCCCCGAAUGGAUCAACGGCAGUUUCUUGAGGAAUGGCCCUGGGAAGUUUGAAAUUGGAAACCAGAAGUUCAACCACUGGUUUGACGGCAUGGCUUUACUUCACCGGUUUAAAAUUUCCAAGGGGCAGGUGACUUACAAAAGCCGCUUCCUCUCCAGUGACAGUUACCAGGCCAACAAUGAGAAUAACCGCAUCGCUGUUUCCGAAUUCGGAACAGUCAGCGUGCCGGACCCGUGUAAAAACUUUUUCCAACGCUUCCUUUCCAAAUUUGAACUACCGAAGGGCACAGAUAAUGCCAACGUAAGUUUUGUGACCUACAAGGGUGAUUACUAUGUAAGCACUGAAACAAACACAAUGCACAAAAUAGACCCCGAGACACUGGAGACAACCAAAAAGGUGAACUGGAGCAAUUUCAUUGCUGUUAACGGCGCCACCGCACACCCUCACACUGAUAUUGAUGGAACAACAUACAACAUGGGAAAUUCAUACUGUUCUAAAGGGUCACACUACAAUAUUAUUCAAGUGCCUCCCACCAAAAACAAUAGCCAAGAGACGCUGGAGGGAGCCAAGGUGCUUUGCUCUAUUCCCUCUGCAAAGAGUGGAACACCCUCCUACUACCACAGUUUUGCUAUGUCUGAAAACUAUGUGGUCUUCAUCGAGCAGCCCAUCAAGAUGGACCUGAUGAAGAUUGUAACGGGCACGUUGACAGGAAAGAGCAUUAGCAACAGCUUCUUUUGGGACCCCAAACUCAAGACAAUCUUCCAUCUGGUUCACAAAAAAACAGGGAAGGUGAACCGCAUGAAGUACAUUGCUCAGCCACUGGCAACCUUUCACCAAAUCAACGCCUUUGAGGAAGACGGUUAUUUAAUCAUAGAUAUGUGCGCAUCAGAUGAUGGUCAGACAAUUUCAAACUACAAUAUCCAGAACCUUCGCAAGUCUGGAGAAGAGCUCGAUGAGGUGUAUAACACAAUGUGUAGAGUCUUUCCACGUCGCUUUGUUCUACCGCUCAAUGUUGACAACACGACACCGUUCAAGCAGAACUUGAACACCCUGCCCAACAGUUCGGCUACUGCAUUAAGGAUCGGCAAGAAAAAGGUAUUCUGUACCCAUGAGGAUCUCCAUGGGGAGGACCUUCAUGAGUACGGUGGUCUUGAGUUUCCUCAGAUCAACUACAGCAAGUACAACACCCGCCCCUACCGCUACUUCUAUGGCUGUGGCUUCAGACACCUUGUAGGGGACACACUGAUUAAGAUGGAUCUUCAGGGUAAACACAUGAAGGUCUGGGAACAACCUGGUCUAUACCCCUCAGAACCUGUCUUCAUACCCACCCCAGAUGCCACAGAGGAAGAUGAUGGUGUCAUAUUGUCUGUGGUUAUCACUCCAAAUAAGGACAAGAGUACUUUCCUCUUGGCUUUGGAUGCCAAGACAUUCGAGGAACUGGGUAGGGCUGAGGUGCCAGUUAAUAUCCCGUACGGCUUCCAUGGAACAUUCAAAGCCACAGCAUAGCCAUUUAACCAUUUGAUGCUUCAUAGUAUUUGUGUUUCACACUACACUACAAACUAUAUCUAUGACUAAAUAGAAAUGCAAUAGUUUAUUUGAAAUAUUGUAAUAUAAACUUUUUUUUUGUCUGUAUGUGCCUUACGAUUGGCUUGCAAGCAGUUCAGUGUCUCCCCUGUACCUUACCCAAAGUCAGCAAGGACACGCUCAUUAAUGAAACAAAUAACAUUGUUUCUUCUUCAUUAAGU